AUGGAACAAUUCGGUAAAGAAAUUGAAUAUAUAAAGGAUGAGCCAGUGCGCCCAACUAGCGGCACUGGCCAUGUCUCCUUUUAUUCACGCUAUGUAUCGCCGAGCGUUGUGGCCAACAUCCUCUCCUCUCCUUUCCCCUCGCUCACUUCCUCCUCCCUCACCCGUAGAACCCUAGCCACCUUCUCCCGCAGCACCUCAGCCGCCUCUUCUCCCUCUCCACCCAGCCGCCCCCUCUCCUCGACUCGGCUCGAGUGCGCACUCGAGCCAAUCCUCCGUGUCGCCUCCUCCUCCCCUCCACUUCUCUCCUCCUCUCGAAGCCCCAGCGCGUGGUCGCCGCUGCCGUUCAUCUCUUUCUUCCCACGAUGCCUCCCCAUCCUCCAUCAGCCGUCGCUGUGCGCCGUUGUUCUGGACCGGUCGGAGGUCGCUGCAAAGGAGCGGAGCAGGACAACGCGAAGCAGCAGAGGAAGAGGGGAGCAGCAGCCGUGCCAGCCAGCGCGCAUCUCGUCGCAACGCGUGCAGCUGCAGCAAGCUGAAGACGCGGCCCUCCAUCAGCGGACGAGCGGCAGUCAGCACGAGGUCGGGGUGGAGGGCCAUGAGCACCAGGAGGUGCGUCGAGGGGCACCAGGAGGCACCAUGGUCACUGUGGGAGCACGCCAAACCUGAAGGCCAUCACCAGCCGCUGUCCACGCCCCAGAGCUUAG